CAGAAAAGUAUUAUGCAAAAUAUCUCAAACCCUAAUCCUUCUUCUGUCAAUAUGCGUCACCUAUCCCAGGCCUUUGGCCGUUCUUCUCCUCGAUCUCCAAUGUCCUCUUCUAAAUUUCUAAUCCCCAACUUUGUUCUUCUCCCCAAUCCCUAAUUCUUCCUCCCAAACCCUGAGUCUCUUUCUAUCAAUCAGAUUACGUCAAUCACAAACGCCCGAAGAAAUUAUAUUUCUUACACAUUAUAGGAUGGGCCAUCUACAAGCUCCAUCCAUCUUCAACCCUCCUCCUGCCAUCUACUAAUAUAUACACAAAGAACCGAAAACUGCAGUACGUACCAAUCUCCGCACAGCUCCCUGGGACUCAUCUGAAGCGUCCACAUGGCGGGAGAAGGCGGCGACCAGUCAAUCACCCACUCAACCAUCUCCACCAACGGAAUCAACAUGCACGUGGCCUCCAUCGGAGCCGGGCCGGCCACCAUCCUCUUCCUCCACGGCUUCCCGGAGCUCUGGUACACGUGGCGCCACCAGCUCCUCUCCCUCUCCGCCCUCGGCUACCGCUGCAUCGCCCCUGACCUCCGCGGGUACGGCGACACCGACGCGCCCUCGUCUCCGGCCAAAUACACCGCCUUCCACAUCGUCGGCGACCUGGUCGGCCUCCUCGACGCCCUCAAGAUCGACAAGGUCUUCUUGGUCGGGCACGAUUGGGGAGCCGCCAUGGCCUGGUACUUUUGCAGGCUCCGACCCGACCGGGUCACCGCCGUGGUCAACCUCAGCAUCCCGCCGCUCCGCCAGUCCCAUGCCUUCAGCCUCGUCGACGCCUUUCGAGCUGCCUACGGCGAUGAAUACUACUUCUGCAGGUUUCAGGAAGUGGGAAAAGCAGAAGAGGAAUUUGCUGAGGUGGAGACGGGCAAAAUGAUGGUGAAGCUUUUCACAUUAUUCAGCAAGCCCGACCCGCCGAUGGUGCCCAGAGAAACCGGUUUCCGGGGAUUACCCGACCCGCCCAGCUUGCCGUCUUGGCUAUCCGAAGAAGACGUCAAGUACUACGCUUCCAAGUUCAAGAAAACCGGCUUCACCGGCGGCCUCAAUUACUAUCGAGCCUUCCCCUUAACAGGGGAGCUGAUGGGGCCGUGGGCGGGAGGAGAUUGCAAGUACACAGUGCCGGCCAAGUUCAUUGUCGGGGAUCAGGACGUGGCGUACGGCAUGGUGGGGCUGAAGGACUACAUUCACGGCGAGGAGUUCAAGAAGGAAGUGCCGCUGCUUGAAGAAGUGGUGGUGAUGAAAGGAGUGCCUCAUUUCCCCAACUUGGUCAAACCUGACGAGAUCACUCAGCACAUCUUUGACUUCAUCAAGCGCUUCUAAGCUGCUUUCUCCCCCCUUCCAGCUUUCUCCAGAGCGUGGUUCGGGUUCCUCUGUUUAUCAUCGCAGAUCUGAGGUGGCAUUUCUUUCCAAUUCCCUGGAAAGCAGAUCAUUGUGUUGUCUUGUUAUGUGUAUCCGUCUGAACCAUGUCGGUAGCUAGUAGCAGCCUAGUUGAUUAAUGAAUAAGCUUCAAUAACUGAAGCCGCACAUUUAUAUUUGAGUAGUUUGUACUCUGGAAUUAUUGUUGUCUUAUUAUGUACACUACGGUAUCUUGUUUCAAUAGUGUGUACUUGAAAAUUAUUCUUGUCUUAUUAUGUAUACUAGUAUGGAGCCCGCGCUCCGCGGCGGGAUUUUCAUUUGAGCACAUAUUCUUAGGCAUAACUUGUCGAGUUGCAUUCGUCUAUUUAAAUUUGACGACAAAAGUAGCGACAGAAG